GAGGCUCCACUCUGCUGGAACAUCUUCUCGGUGCUGCAGGAGGCUGGACCUGUGAUGAUGAUGACGCUCUGACGCUGUUUCCUCCUCCAGCCUCCUGCCGCAGACUCUCCAUCCAGCCUCGCCUCUCUCUGACUCCCUGCAGCGGCCGCCUGCCACAAACAAACCGACCACCCGACCCACCACGGGACCGGGGACCGGACCGGACCGGUACACAGGACCGAAGAGCCCAGAGGAGGGAAGGACCAUGACAGAAAAUACCAAAACGCACGUCAUCCUGCUGUCCUGCGGCAGCUUCAACCCCAUCACCAAGGGACACAUCCAUAUGUUCGAAAAAGCCAGAGAGUAUCUGCACAAAACAGGGCGAUUCAUUGUGAUCGGAGGGAUCAUCUCACCAGUACACGACUCCUAUGGAAAACCUGGUCUUGUGUCGAGCAGACAUCGUCUCACCAUGUGUCAGCUUGCCGUCCAGUCCUCUGACUGGAUCAGGGUGGACCCCUGGGAGUGUUAUCAGGACACCUGGCAGACCACCUGCAGCGUGCUGGAGCAUCACCGUGACCUCAUGAAGAGAGUCACCGGCUGCAUCCUGUCCAACGUCAACACGCCGUCCACCACUCCUGUGAUUGGUCAGCCACAGAACCAGACCACGCCCAUCUACCAGAACCACAAUAACAUGAACCACAGCCCCACAGCCAUCAAACUGUGGGGGAAGAUCAGUGAGAGUUUGGGCAAAAUCUGCUGCGUCCGCCCACACAUCGAGCGCUUCACCUUCGUAGAUGAAAACGCCAACCUGGGGACUGCCAUGAGAUACGAGGAGAUCGAGUUGCGCAUCUUGCUCCUGUGUGGCAGUGAUCUCCUGGAGUCCUUCUGCAUCCCUGGCCUGUGGAAGGACAGUGAUAUGGAGGUGAUCGUCGGGGAUUUCGGGAUCGUUGUGGUUCCCCGUGACGGAGCCGACACGGAGAGGAUCAUGAAUCACUCCUCCAUCCUCCGCAAGUACAAGGACAACAUCACUGUGGUGAAGGACGCAACGAACCAUCCGAUGGCCAUUGUCAGCUCCACCAAGAGCAGACUGGCCCUGCAGCACGGCGACGGCCACGUGGUGGACUACCUGAGUCAGCCCGUUAUCGACUACAUCCUGCAGAGUCAGCUGUACAUCAACGCCUCGGGAUAAAGGCCUGCAGCAUGAAAACAGGAAGCGUGGAGGUGUAGGGGGGUGGGGGGGGCGGAUACCUUCAACCAUCACCUAUAUAAAUAUACUGUAACUCCUCCCCUCCCCUGAAAACUAAAACGUCCUUGUCUGUCUUCUGUGUCAAACAUAUACUCUUCUUUGAGCUGUCGCUUUCCAACAGGAGCUUUAGUGUCCCUCCUUCUGUCUGUGUCAUGUGACUCUACCAUCAGGGAGGGAGGGGUGGGGGAGGACGGCAGGGUGGGGGAUGCAUGACACACAUCCGGGCAGCAAAACGGCGGCGUUACCGGGCUUCAUGCAAGAAUCGCUCGUACCGACAGUUUGUUCUUUUUUGGAGCUUCACAUUAAAAAUCAAACAUUGAGGCUCGAAAUUUAAAGUCUACCUGAAAUUCACACCAAUUGCUGCUCAGAAUAAUUCUCAAACUGCAACAUUUGUGUUACCUCAGUGACAUUUUACCAAAAACAGAUUGAAGUUUUGUUUAUUUUUCUGCAUCUUUCUGUCACUUUGGUGCCGACAGCCAAAUAUCUUGAUGCCACUUUGACCAAGUGGUAGCUGACUCGAUUGGAUCCUGAAGUUACAGCACGUCUUCAUCCUACAUCUAGUGAAUUGUAGACCUUAAGGUAGAAUUCAACUGAUUUCCCGACUAUUCACUGUGUAGUACUAAAAAAGAGAUGCAUACCUGCCUGGAAUAAUGUAGCAGUUACACUCAUAAUUUGUUCUUCUAAUGCAGAGCAUACACAUUCUGCGUAUUUCUUGAUAGUACCUCGUGUAAUUAUGUGCAGGAUUAUCAGUGAUGUCCAGUUCUUUUCAGUCUCUGUCAGUAAGAACUUGGAAAUGUAUUUACAUAAUGGACUUUUGUAUUGUAAAAACCUCCUUUAAUCUACUUUUCAGCGACAUUUCUCGACUCCACAGUAAAUCCCAGAAGUUUGCUUGUUUUUCGACCACUUGUUUUGGCUUUUGGAUUUGGGUUCUUGGCCCCAAUGCAGCCCUCAGGUUGAAAACCAAACUUGAAAACAUCCAUCCAUCCAUGUUCUUACACUUAUCUCGGAAGGCAGCAGGUAAUUCCAGACAUCCUUCUCCCCAGUUCCUCCUUUAUGAUUCCAAGGUGUUCCCGGGUCGGAUGAGAUACAACGAGACGUCGCAUCCUGUUGUGUCCGUCUUUACGUACGAUCUGAGGUGGAAAUUUGUUUGUGCAAAAACUCCUCCGAGAUAAGAUCGGAACAUCAAAGUCUCUCAGUUUCUUGCAUGAAGCCCGUCGUUCUUCUGUGAAGUCCGCUGUCGUCUUAGAAUCACUAAAUCUCUCAAAUCUCUCAAAUGUGACAGGAUGAUGGUUCAGUUCGACUGGCGCUCAACCGCAGGGAACUGUAGCAACGGCUCUGAUGCUGCAGGCUGUGGUUUGAACACAGAUAAAGGAGACUGCAGGUUGUCGUGUGGUCCUCUGAUGAUGACGAUGGUACCUUUCUGUAAAGAUGUGAUGCUCAGCAGCAGCAGCCAUGUUGUUGUUGACGACUGAGUCUCAGACUAUUUUGUUUCCUCUUCGUUUGCUCCUGUUCUUAGACUGCAUGCUUAGACAGUUUGGUUCUGGCAUGAACGUUUAUCACUCGGUAGAUUCUGAUCUGUUGUGAAUGUGUUUGCAAAAAAUAAAAAGAAAGACAGAACACAAAAAAUAAAUAUCUAUAAAAAUAAAGUAAAUAUAGCUACAGUGGGGCUCAUCGUCGCCCACAUCUGUCCAUUUUCUAUCCACUCUGUAAAUGUACAGAUCUCAUCAGUGUAAAAUGUUUGCAAUGAUUUCUACAUGCGUGUGUGUGUGCGUAUGCGUGUGUGUGUGCGUAUGCGUGUGUGUGUUUGUAGGAUUUUAGCUUCCUGACAGUCACAAUCUGUUGUAACAUGUAGCUGAAAAUGAAUCUAGUUUUCCAUAUUAAUCUGCCUUGUUUUGUUGCGCUGACUUCUUCUGAUUGUAAACUGUGAUGCACUGUUUAAAAAUGACAUUUUAAAUCUGUCUGUCUGUGUGUGUUGAGAUUUUUCGGCACAAAUGUGUGUUUACAGAUCAGGACUGAAAUUUAAUGUACCGUAAUGACAGCGAGCGACAGCGAUCUCAAAGAAGAUGAGAAGGAGGUAUGAGUGAAGCUGAAUUUCAUUUUCCAAAAAACAAAGAAGGGAAUUUUGAUUCUUUACCAAUUUAAACCUGCGGUUACAUUUACACCCCACUGCUGGCAAAAUAAAAUAUUUCUUUGAGGAAAUCA